UGUGAACGCCGCGGGCCGGCAGGGGGCGGCCGCCGUUGCCUAGCGCCGCCACCUCCCCGCGCCGGGCCUGCGCCGCGCCGCCAUGAAGGCCAUCGUCCAGCGGGUGGCCCAGGCCAGUGUCACAGUGGGUGGUGAACAAAUAAGUUCAAUAGGGCGAGGCCUCUGUGUGCUGCUGGGCAUUUCUUUAGAAGAUACGCAAAGAGAGCUGGAGCACAUGGUUCGAAAGAUCUUAAACUUGAGAGUGUUUGAAGAUGAAAAUGGGAAGCACUGGUCCAAAAGUGUGAUGGAUAAGCAGUAUGAAGUGUUGUGUGUGAGCCAAUUUACGCUCCAGUGCAUCCUGAAAGGAAACAAACCUGACUACCACAUGGCAAUGCCCACAGAGCAGGCGGAGAGUUUUUAUAACAACUUCCUAGAGCAGCUAAGAAAAGCCUACAAACCAGAGCUUAUUAAAGAUGGCAAGUUUGGCGCCUACAUGCAGGUACACAUCCAGAAUGAUGGUCCUGUAACAAUAGAGUUGGAAUCCCCAGCUGCUGCUGUUGACCCUAAACAGCUGGCAAAACUUGAAAAGCAACAACAAAGAAAAGAGAAGACCAGAACCAAGGUACCCUCUGAAUCAAGUAGAGAAAGAAACGCCCCCCGUAACAAAGAUGACCCCAGUGCAAGCAGUGGAGCAGAAGGAGAUGUGUCUUCGGAAAGAGAGCCGUAGCUCAUGCAAAGCAGGCCUCAGUUUCUCAUACAAAAGCUGCACUGGAUUCUUGAAGAGAGACCUAACAGACAUUCACCUCAGCACCACUCCUUGAGGAUUUUGGAUAAAAAUGGAAAAUGGAAAAGCAGAACUAAGACAAUAGAAACUUACAUCAUUCUGUAUUGAAACAACCAAAGCAAUGCUGUCAGAUUCAGUUGUUAAUGUGUAGUACCAGUAGUAAAAAGGACUUGUAACAUUUCUGUGUAUGUGUUUUCACAUGACUGCUGAAUAAAGGAUGGCCGUAGGCAGAUUGUAGCAGAACAUUCACUCUUGGUACAUAAGCUACAUUUCAAAAAUAAAUCAGGGUUUUUCCUUAAACUUACACUUGAAUUCUAAAAAUUAUUCAAGCAAGCUUGUACUUUGAUUCUCACUCUAUGAUGUCAUGUGCUACUUGUUUCCAUGUCAGCAUGACAGUCUGUGUAUAUUUUGGUAUAUUGUUCAACUGCUGUGUAACACCAAGUUAGGCAGUCUAGUCUUUCUGCAUGGAUUAAGUUAUUAAAAGGAAAGAUCAGACACUAGUUGUUUAUCAUGCGAAAUACAUCUGUCUUGUAAACUUUUUUAAAAACAGAAAAGACUUUAUUAAACAAAUGAUGCUA